GAGUAAAUGAGGUUGAUGCUGCUCUGCUGCACCUGGAAGGACGAACGCAUGGGAGAGGAGGAAGCCUCCGUGAGGAUUUGCAUUGAAGGCUCAACGAGAGCAGAGAUAACAGCCACAUGCAAACACGCAUCGGCGAUUACUCCACGCCAUCAAAGACGUGCUCUUGAUCCGAGGCGGAGCCGUCAACCCCGAUGGGUACCAGUCCGCCCUGUAACCUCCGUCUCUCUCGUGUUGCAGCCAGAGGGAGUUUGCCCGUCUGUGCGGGAUGCAAACAGAGGGUCCGCGAUGAGCAGUACCUCCAGGCCCUCGGCGCCGACUGGCACACCGCCUGCUUCAGGUGCUGUGAGUGCAGCGCCUCGCUGUCACACUGGUACUACGAGAAGGACGGCCGGCUGUUCUGCAAGAAGGACUACUGGGACAAAUUCGGGGAGCUGUGCCACGGCUGCACCGACCCGAUCACCACCGGCCUCAUCAUGGUUGCAGGAGAACAGAAAUAUCACCCAGAAUGCUUCACCUGUCUGAACUGCAGGACGUUCAUCGGCGAUGGCGACACGUACGCCCUGGUGGAGAGAUCCAAACUCUACUGCGGCCCGUGUUACUACGAGACGGUGGUCACGCCGGCGUCUCCGCCGUGCUCGCGGAUCCCUCACACGGUCACGCUGGUGUCCAUCCCGGCGUCGGCCGAGGGGAGCAACGGACGCAGGGGGCGGGGCUUCUCCGUGGCCGUCGACCGGCCGCUGAGCCCGACCGACGGUCCCGAUGGACACACCGUCAGAGUCUCCCAGGUGGAACCAGACUGCAUCAGUCCAGAUGUGAAGAACUCCAUUCAUGUAGGAGACAGGAUCCUCGAAAUCAACGGGACGCCGAUUAACAACGUCCCUCUGGACGAGAUCGACCUCCUCAUCCAGGAGACGAGCCGGCUGCUGCAGCUCACCAUCGAACGCGACCCCCACAGCCGGGAGGAGGGCGGCCCCCCGUCCCCCCCCGCCCUGCUGCCCAUCACUCAGCCCCCCAACAGCCUGAGGUCGCGUAUCAUCACGAGGAGCUACAGCAUCGAUAAGUCGCCCGGCUCCAGCAACGCGGCGUCGCCCGUCUCCCAGAGGAAGGACAUCAAGCGGUCGGAGUCGCUCCGCGUCGUGUCCAAUCAGACGCAUCGAAUCUUCCGCCCGUCUGACCUCAUCCACGGGGAGGUGCUGGGGAAAGGCUGCUUCGGACAGGCCAUCAAGGUGACCCACAAGGAAACCGGAGAGGUGAUGGUGAUGAAGGAGUUGAUUCGCUUUGACGACGAGACACAGAGAACAUUCCUGAAAGAGGUGAAGGUCAUGCGUUGCCUGGAUCACCCCAACGUGCUCAAGUUCAUCGGAGUCCUCUACAAGGACAAGAGGCUCAACUUCAUCGCAGAGUACAUCAAGGGAGGCACCUUGAGGGAGAUCAUCAAGAAAAUGGACAGCAGCUAUCCCUGGAACCAGAGGGUCAGCUUUGCCAAGGACAUCGCAGCAGGAAUGACAUAUCUGCAUUCCAUGAACAUGAUCCACCGGGACCUGAACUCACACAACUGUCUCGUCCGAGAGAACAACACGGUGGUGGUGGCCGACUUCGGGCUGGCUCGGCUGAUGGUGGACGACAAGCACGAGGAGAAGUCGCCGCAGGGUAAACUGCCCGGCAACAUCAGGAAGCACGACCGCAGGAAGAGGUACACGGUGGUGGGGAACCCCUACUGGAUGGCCCCCGAGAUGAUCCACGGGAAGAGCUACGACGAGAGAGUGGACAUCUUUUCUUUUGGGAUCAUGCUCUGCGAGAUCAUCGGCAGGGUGAACGCGGACCCGGACUACCUCCCCAGGGCGAUGGACUUCGGCCUGAACGUGUCCGGCUUCCUGGAGCACUUCUGUCCACCUGACUGUCCUCCGACCUUCUUCCCCAUGGCGGCCGUGUGCUGCGAGCUGGACGCAGACAAACGGCCGGCGUUCUCCAGACUCGAGGAGUGGCUGCAGAACCUGAAGAUGCACUUGGACAUCGGUCUGCCGCUGGUGUCCGAGGUGGAGCUGCUGCGCACGGCAUUCUGGGAGAACCGCGGCAUCAACGGCCUUCACGCCCACCCCGAGCAGCCGGAGUGAGAGCGUCGCCGCGACUGGAGGAGAAAGCGGUGAAAAGUUGGAGUGAAAAAAAAACAACAACCUCUGCCCACCACACAUGGGCGGAGCAAAGACCCGGAGGAGGCGUGUCUAUGCUCCACCACGUUUGAAGCGGCGCUGCGUCGGCUCGCUGCGGCCUCACGAGACUCGGAGGAGGGGGGGGGGGGGGGGCGUGGAUUUGAAAGACCACACACACACACACACACACACAUUUAACAUCAAGAGACAUCAACUUCAAAAAAGCUGUAUUCUGCUGCACCCCCGAAGCUGACGUGGAAGAUGAUGUCAUAUGCAAUCAGACCCUAACUUUUCGGAUCACGACUCAACUUCUUGAAUCGUGUCGAAAUAUUUUGCGUAGAUUCACGUGGACGUCAAAGUAGAUAGAUAGAUAGAUAGAUGUAUACUUUAUUGAUCCCGCAAGCGGGAAAUUACAGGCAAAUCCAGGAAGAUUACAGCAUAACACGAGGGAAGAGAGGAGAAAAUAAAAAACGAACCUUCUGCAGCCUCCUCACCUUCUUUUGGGGGGGGGGGGGGUGCUGUACACGUCUGCAGGUGUUCUUCUGUGUGAGUUUGGUUUGAUUUUUGCUUUUUUUGGUUCAGAUUAUCAAAACUAAGAGAGAGAGGGAGAGGGAGAGGCCCGCCUGUCGUUUUUUAAGACCGUUAAAAAGGUUGAGAUCAAAGACAACAUUUCAAAGCUUUAAAUCGGGUCAUAUCGGGUCCUGCUCACCUCAUUGGCUCAUAAACUAUGAGACCUACGUGCGACCGUGGCUCCUCCCCCUUCGUUUAUUGCGUCGCGCCGACUUCACAUCGAGAUCUUUUGCUUAAAUUCGGUACGUCGUCUCUCAAUUUAAAUCCAUGUUGUCGUGGCAUCUCGUACAUUCAAACACACACCCGUGUACAUUGUAAAUGUUUUAAAUAGUGUAAAUGUACAGACAUAUUUUCUAUACGUAUGCUACGGAAGCUUUAUUGUUUUUUUGUUUGUUUUUCUUUUGCAUUUGAGAUGAAGAGGAAUCUUAUCGCCGGAAAAAUAUCCCAGAAUAACCUUAGUUUAAGACAAAAUAUCCCUUAAUAACCUCAGUUUAAGACUAAAUAUCCUUUAAUAACCUCAAUUUAAGACAAUAUAUCCUUUAAUAACCGCAAUUUAAGACAAAAUAUCCCUAAUAACUUCAGUUUAAGACAAUAUUCCCCCCAAUAACCUCAAUUUAAGACAAAAUAUCCCUUAAUAACCUCAGUUUAAGACAAAAUAUCCUUUAAUAACCUCAAUUUAAGACUAUAUCCCUAAUAACCUCAGUUUAAGACUAAAUAUCCUUUAAUAACCUCAAUUUAAGACAAUAUAUCCCUAAUAACUUCAGUUUAAGACAAUAUUCCCCCCAAUAAACUCAGUUUAAGACAAAAUAUCCCUUAAUAACCUCAGUUUAAGACAAAAUAUCCCUUAAUAACCUCAGUUUAAGACAAAAUGUCCUUUAAUAACCUCAAUUUAAAACAGUAUAUCCCCUAAUAACCUCAGUAAAUGUUAUAAUCUGUCAUCCAAAAAGUGUUUUCAUGUGCUGGAGUAAAUUUAAUUGUAAUGCUGGAUUAUUACAUCAAAUCAAAUUUGCCGAUGAUGCAAAUCUGCAUUUUAUCAUCGACUCUAAUAAGAUGUGAUUUUUAGACUUUUCAGGGCAAUCACUCUCGUCUCAUGUUCUGUGAAGUCGUUCAGCUGUGAUGAUGUCAUGCCUCAUCGUGUCAGCUGUCUGUCAACGUGUUUGUCCCGCCUCCCGUCGAUGACCCACCGUGUGUUUACAUGUACAUUUCAGCUGUAAAUAUCACUGUACAUAUGCAUCUGUCUGCGUGCAUUGCAUAAACACGCACACUCAGAAAAUCA